UGCCACUGUAGUGCCACUGACUAGUCACUCAGGUGCCAGUGCCACAAGGAGGAUCUCGCUGUCUCUCAAAAUAUAAUCUUUAGCUUCAGUCUCAAAAAUGCAAUCAGCCUUUAAGAACUGAUAACAUUAUAUCUCUAAUGCUAAGCAGUAUGUCUGUAAAAGAUGUGUGCACUGUGCACUACACAGGAGAGGACUUGCAACUGGCCCUCAGCUGUAAUUUAGAAGGAUUGAGAAACUGUUUGUUUUGAAUCUCUGGAAUACAGUGCAUGCUAAUUCUAGGAUAUUCAACCUGUGUUUCUUUAACAUGUCUGUAAUACUUGCCUUCGUUCUGUACAGGGCUUGUAUAAAAGCAGAGAAGUAGUCCAUGAGUUUACAGAUAAUUACAACCCCUCCUCGGCAUUGUGGAGGUUGUUUUAUAGCCAUUAUUAUUAUUUGCCAGUUAAACUCGUUGUCUUUUUGAUUCUUCACAGUUCAUUCUUUUGUACACCCAGGUACAUGAGGUUUCGGAAUAUAACGCAACAUGUUCAUGAAAGUUAAAAAUGUCUUAUUCAGUGUUAGGUUGUACUCAGCUCCACCCUCUCGUAUUAAUUAUAGUUGCAAAAAACGAGAUGGCGACGGCAAAAAUGCCAAACUGUCAGCGAAAGUCCUACAAUUGCAAUGAUGUUCAUGAUUUCAACAAUUAACUCAAACUAUAUUUGGUGCUUAGAUAUGUGUGUUUCACCAUGUUCACGUUGUACCUGUUGAGUCACUACUGUGAAGAACAAAAGGAACACCUUUGCCACACACCUUGUCUUGUGGAUGAGGCACGCCCUGCAGAGUUGGCCUAACCUGCCUGGAAUGCGGCAUCAGUUAGAAUGGGAGGGGACAUGUACACAAAGACGAGGCUCAUUUCAGACACACUAUGAGAAGACAAACCGUCUGAACCGUUUGCCGUGUUUUACAGUAUCGUCCAAGCAAGAACUCCAGAUGGCACAGAGACAAGCUGCUGGCACCUCCAGAGCUGCCAGCCGAAGACGCUGGUGGCAUUUGAGACAACGAUGGAGGAUGGUCGGGGUGUUUGAGGUCAACCAAGAGCACGAGUUCUACCAUCUGACAUCUAUGAUUAAAGAAGGCCUGCAUGCUUCCAUCCAGACCACUAUGGACACAUCAGGCCAGGAUACACCUGCAGCUGAAGAUGUCAAGGUAGAGCAAACUCAAGAGGGGUUUGAGAUGCAGACAUUUGCAGGAUCAGUGUUUUCUAAACUGAGGCGUUCACUGGACAUCACAGAGGAGGAAUACAUGAAAUCCCUCUGCUCAGAAGACUGCUACCUCCAGUUUGUCAGUAACUCCAAGAGCAAGGCAGACUUCUUCAUCACGAAUGACAAGAGAUUCUUCCUAAAAACCCAGAGCAGACGUGAGGUGAACUUUCUCCUGUCCAAUCUGCAGGCGUACAUGGACCACCUGGAGAAAUACCCUCAUUCACUGAUGGUGAGGUUUCUCGGUGUCCACAGGAUUGUUAUUCCUAAUCAAAUAAAGAAGUACUUCAUUGUGAUGCAGAGUGUGUUUUACCCUGAUGAGAGGAUCAAUAUCAGAUACGACAUUAAAGGCUGUGAGCUGGGGAGAUGGACUGACCCUGACAAAGGGGGGAAACGGAUAAUAACAGUGCUGAAGGACAAUAACUUCGAAGGGCAGUCCAUUGCGUUAAGUCAAGAAAAAUCCUGGUUUGCCAAUCAAGUGAAAGUGGAUGCUGCCUUCCUUCAAGGACUCAAUGUGCUGGACUAUAGUCUCCUGCUGGCCCAUCAACCUCUGCACAGAGAUGAGCUGGAAGGGAAACACUCUUUGGCAAACCUUGUUCUACGCACCACAAAGUCUGUGGACUUAGUUGACAGUCCCACAGGGUCAGACCCUCCCACCGUUCCAUUACUGAGAGAGGCCGUGGCCGAGGUGGCAUCACAUACUACAGACGAGCCACAGGCAGCAGCUGAGGACGCUGGUGAAGGGAUUCCCCUCCAGGAGAUGAACUGCGCUGUGAAAGAAACCAGCACGGACUCAGAACUGCAGGAAUUUCUUGAGCAUCAUCGUAGGCUACUGCCCAACUGCAAAAAUGCAAUUCAUGUGGUAGAUGGGCCCGAUCAUCGCUACUUUGUGGGCAUUAUAGACAUUUUCACCGUCUACGGCUGGAAGAAGAGACUGGAGAAUGUGUGGAAAUGUCUCCGCUACCCAGGCAGGGCCUUCUCCACAGUCCGCCCCGCCAAAUAUUCACACAGAUUCUGCCAGUGGAUUCAGAACCACUCUCAGUGACCACAUGAAGAAAACAUUCAGCACUGACAUACAUAGCACCUGAUGCAUAACCCCCAGUGUCCACAGGACAGCCAUCGUUGUUGCAUUCUGGUUCUGUUGUGAUGGCGUGAUGGAGCAGUGGCUCAACCAGAACGCGAUGAGCUGCGUCUAGAGGACAGUGAUGAAGUGUUUGUGUAGAGGUUGUAACCUUGUGUGCAGUUGCUGAGCUGGGUUGUGCUAUAGACACAAUAGAACAAUGAUAGGGGGUCCAGGGUAGUGGCAGGUUUCAAUUCAUAAAUAAACAAACCUUGCAGUGGUGUUGGCAGAUUGUAUAGAGGCACUCCCCAUGUUGUCAGUUUAUUCUAUUUACUGGCUCAGACCACCCUUUCAAGUCUUUCAGUUGAGUUUGCUUCUUUCUCUUUGAUAUAAACUUAUGUUUUGUGCGUCGGUAAAUGUACAUAAAAAUACAACUUUAAAUACCUUGAAUGGGUUAUAAUGCAAUUCACAACUGUUGAAUGUAAAACUUCCUUCACAUGCAGUCAUUAUGCAGCAGCAGGUACACGCUGUCUACACAGCAUGCUUCAGUCAGCAUUUAUCCCUCUCAUGCAUGUCUGCCUGAACAGAUAUUCACUGGAUGGGACAACUGCCUUGUUUUGAGUGAGUUAGAACCUUUGAAGCAGGAAACUAAUGUGCUGUGACUGACCCUGUCUCUCCGGGUCCACAGUGAAGAUUGCCAGAGCUGAGCCCUCUUUUACCUUCACUUCAUAGCUUCCAUAAACUCCUCCCACACCGGCCCAGCUGACGCCCCUCUGGUGCUGCUCUCUCUAUCUCUGGGCCAACCAAGCAGAAGAAGAUUGUUCCUGUCCGGUGCUUUUAGUGCACAUUGCUGUGUAACGCUUGCCAGAGGAUAUGAGUUCAGUCCUGCCCUGGUCGGGGAACACCAGUGAUUUAUUCUUCUUUUGUCCUUUCUAUGCUGAAAUUGAAAAGUGAUUACUGUUGUAAAUACAUUUGUUUUCAUUCAAUAUAAAAUGGAUUAAAUUUGUAAAUGGCAAUCAGAAUUGUAUAGAAAUAUGUAUGUAAUUGCUCCAUAUGCACCAUCACUAGUGAAGAUUUAUUAAAUGUAUGUUUGCAAAGAAACUUCUGUUCUUAGAUUAUUCUUUGAGACACUAUGAAAGCUGUUCAAUUUUUAAAAAUAUUU